AUGGCGAACAACGACGAGAUCACCUUCGACGAAGAUUUGGAGCCUCCUCCUGUGAAGUCAACCCAGAGGAAGUUGAUGACGGACAUUAUCACGGGAGGAACGGCGGCAUCCCUUGCUUGCGUCUUCAGCAACCCCUUCGAGGUCGUGAAGACCAGGCUACAGCUGCAGGGCGAGAUGGCCAACAGCGCAGCUCAAGGGCGCGUGUACAAGGGACUCAUCGAUGCCUUCAUGAAGAUUCCCAGGGAGGAGGGGGUCCUUGCUAUCCAGAAGGGGUUGGUGCCAGGGAUGGUGUAUCAGUUCUUCAUGAACGGCGCACGAUUGGGGAUAUACCCAACCCUGAAGCGGCUCCUCAACGAUGACGGCAGCCACAGCCCCAUGAACGUUCUCAGGCAGAUCGGGGCGGGAGCUACUUCUGGUGCCAUCGGAGCGGUCAUCGGUUCGCCGUUCUUCAUGGUCAAAUGCAGGCUGCAAGCCAUGUCAAAGAUCGCCAAGAACAGCGGGACUCUCCAUGCUAACCAAUACGACUACAAGGGAAUGGUCGAUGGUCUCGUGAAGGUCUACAAAGAGGAGGGAAUGUCUGGCUGGUUCAGGGGAAUCGAUGGAGCCGUUCCUCGCGUCAUGGUAGGAUCCGCCUCGCAGCUGGCCACCUAUGAGACGGUGAAGCAGCGAAUCCUUGCGCUGGGUUAUCUUCAUGAUGGAAUUUUGUGUCACUUCAGUUCAUCGAUGGUGUCGGGAAUUGUGGUUACUACCAUCAUGAACCCCUUCGAUGUCGUGAGCACGAGGCUCUACACGCAGCCUCAGGGCGCCAAGAGAAUUUACUCGGGUCCUGUGGAUUGUUUCAUCAAGACUGCGAGAGCUGAGGGGCUUGGAGGAUUCUUUAAGGGAUGGACAGCACACUAUGCUCGUCUUGGACCCCACACUGUCCUGUGCUUGGUCUUCUGGGAGCAAGUUCGCAACCUGGCGCACAAGUUUGGCUUCUGA